CGCCCCGCCCUGCCCGGCCCCCGCGCCCGCCAAUGGGCGGCAGGGGGCGGGGCUCUGCCCGCCAGGCCGGCGCGGCUCAAUGGGGUCCUGUGGGAAGCUCUGCCCAGAGCGCCCUGGCGUGUGAGGCGUUACCCGGUUAAACUGGAAUCGGCGGAGGACGACGCCAGCCCCUCCUGGUCCUGAAAAGGUACUCUGCAGCCCGCAGACUGCUCCAAACUGCGGACGGAGAGUUCGGGCCUGCCGCCCUGCCCUGGCUCCGCUGGCAGAGGGAACUGCCCCUGGCUUCUGGAGGCCUCCCGCUAAAACCAACCCCCACCCAUCCACACUGGUUUAAAGCAGACCGGAAAACCUGCUAUUGCAUUUGCUUUCCUGUGCUUCUGCUUUUAACCCUCCUGUUUUCUAUCACCUGGUCCGUAAAGGCUAGGAACUUUCUGUGUGUGAAAUAAGUGGGAGGGAACCACCAUUUUGUCACGUUUCCAGAAGCCGUCCUGAUACCACCAGAUACCGCCGGGCCCGCAGCAAAACCACGAAGCCCGGGCUCGCCUGCUGACUCGGCCCUCUCGGGAAAGAUGGGAAAGGGCUACAAGGUGGUGGUUUGUGGAAUGGCCUCGGUGGGAAAGACUGCGAUUUUGGAGCAGCUUCUCUAUGGAAAGCAUACCGUUGGCUUAGAUGAAGGUGCCACAAUGGAAGAUGUGUAUUUGGCAUCGGUGGAGACAGACCGAGGCGUGAAGGAACAGUUAAGGCUUUAUGACACCAGAGGUCUGCAGGAAGGCAUAGAAUUGCCAAAGCACUAUUUCUCUGUUGCUGAUGGCUUUGUUCUCGUGUAUGCUGUGACCAGCCUCGAAGCUUUCCAAAGAGUUGAACUGCUCAAAAAGGAGAUCGAUGUCUUUAGAGACAAAAAGGAGGUAACAGUUAUUGUCUUGGGAAACAAAACUGACCUCCUGGACCAAAGGCAAGUGGAAACAGAAGCAGCACAGCAAUGGGCAAGAGCUGAGAAAGUGAGACUGUGGGAAGUGACUGUGACAGAUCGGAAAACACUGCUUGAGCCCUUCACCUUCUUAGCUAGCAAACUCUCCCAGUCCCAGAACAAAUCAACAUUUCCCUUGCCUGGAAGGAAGAGCAAAGGGAAUAACUGUGAUAACUAAGCUACCUUAGCAUUGUCUGCUGCUGCCAGGUCACAGCCUAAGUCCUUUCUGUGCCAUUUGCUUCUCACAGUUUCACUUAAAGCAAUAAUCUCAUUCAGCAAUAAAAUCGGCAAGCUUAUGGCUAAGAG